CCGGUCUACCCUGUUGGUGCGGUUGCAGACGGACGGCCAGCCCGAGCUGCAGUACCAACCUGGCGACCACGUCAGCAUCUUUCCUGCCAACCGGGCGGCGCUGGUGGAGGCCUUGAUGCAGCUGGUCCAGGACCCGCCGCUGGCUGAGGAGCCCGUCGCGGGGGAGACCCGGGGGGCGGUAGGCGUGAAACGGAUGUGGGUGCCCAGCCAGCGCCUGCCUGCUUGCACCCUCCGCCAGGCGCUCACCUACUUCCUGGACAUCACCACGGCGCCCAGCCCUCAGCUGCUCCAAGUGUUGGCCACCCUGGCCGAAGACCGUGCCGAGCGAGAGAAGCUGCAACGGCUCAGCCAGGACUCGCUUCUCUACGAGGAGUGGAAGUGGUUCCGUUGCCCGACGGUCGUGGAGCUGCUGGAAGAGUUCCCCUCGGUGGUGCUGCCCACCUCGCUGCUGCUCACUGAGCUGCCACUGCUGCAGGCCCGCCAGUAUUCCGUCAGCUCCGCGCCCGACGCUUACCCAGGGGAGCUGCACCUCACCGUAGCCGUGCUCAACUACCGCAGUCAGGAUGGGAAAGGCCCGGUGCACUACGGAGUCUGCUCCACCUGGCUGUCCCAGCUCUCUCCAGGCGAGAUGGUGCCCGCUUUCGUCCGAAGCACCCCAAAUUUCCAGCUGCCGGAGGACCCCACAGCUCCCUGCAUCCUGGUGGGACCCGGCACCGGCAUCGCCCCUUUCCGGGGUUUCUGGCAGCAACGGCAAUAUGAGUCGGAGACGAUAG